GGUAAUGUACGUCAAAUGCAUGAAACAAACGACUCCAAUAUGGCGAAUGUGAGGGACAGUGAUACGUCGUUGUGGCUUCAUAACAAGCUUGGAACGUCAAAUGAUAGCUGGACGGGAAGUUCAAUUUGUUCGCAACUUAACGCAGAAGUACUACGGAACAUUAAAGAUUGUUUUCCAGACCUUCAAACACAAGUUAAACUCAAAUUACUUCUUUCAUUUUUUCACAUACCAAGACGGAAUGUCGAGGAGUGGCGCGUUGAGUUGGAAGAAAUCAUUGAAGUGGCAUCAUUGGAUAGUGAAUUAUGGGUGUCAAUGUUAUCCGAAGCGAUGAAAACCUUUCCAUCAACUGGUUCUUUAAAUACAGACAUCACAGAUCUAGAUGAACAUAGACCUAUUUUUGGAGAGCUAGUCAAUGAUCUUCGAAAGCUAUUGAAAAAGCAAAAUGAUCCAGCUAUGCUUCCAUUAGAAUGUCAUUACCUUAAUAAGACUGCGCUUACAUCAGUAGUUGGUCAACAACCUGCACCAGUUAAACACUUUACUUUAAAGAGGAAACCAAAAAGUGCUGCAUUAAGAGCAGAGUUGCUUCAAAAGAGUACUGAUGCAGCUAGCAAUUUAAAAAAGAGUACUGCUCCUACAGUGCCUGUAAGAAGUAGAGGAAUGCCCAGAAAAAUGACAGACACUACACCUUUAAAAGGUAUUCCUAGUAGAGUUCCCACAAGUGGUUUUCGAUCUCCAUCUCUCACAAGCUCCUCGAUGUCUACAAGGACACCGCUCAGUAACAGAAUGCGUAAAGAUGGUGGUAUUAAACUAUUAGAUAUUAAUGAGCAACCUUUAGGAUAUGCUCAGGCAAAGAAACGAAAGAGAAUGAUGGAAUUAGAGGAGCAACAGAAAAAGGUUGCAGAAGCUCAAGCAGCGGCAGCUGCUGCUGCAACAACAACAACUACUACUACAGAAACAUCAACAACUCCAGAAUAUGCUCAAGGAUUAACUUCAAUCAAUCCACCUGCAACUCCAAUUACUCCUGUUGUAUCUGUACAGUCUUAUGCAACACCUACUACUCCAAGCGGAGUAUCAGUAGUAACUACUCCAGUAACUCCUACAACAUCAAGUACACCUACGACACCAAGUACAGUUUUACCUGUUGCAACACCAACUGUCAUUACACCAGUUGAAAGUACACCUGUUGGAGUGCAAACGGUCAGACCACCUCAAACAGUUACGCAAAUUCGUAUACAAACCACCGCACAACCUGCUAACGCAGCUGCAAAUACAAGAAAGGGUCUUUCUCUUACGCGCGAGCAAAUGUUAGAAGCACAAGAGAUGUUUAGAACAGCCAACAAAGUAACUCGUCCAGAGAAAGCUCUUAUAUUAGGUUUCAUGGCAGGAUCUAGAGAUAAUCCAUGUCCAAAACUUGGUAACAUAGUCACGGUAAUGCUUUCGGAAAACAUAGAAGAAGUGACUCAACCAGACGGAACAACCGUACCAAUGUUAGUUGAAACACACUUCCAAAUGAAUUACACAAAUGGCGAAUGGAAGAGGAUAAAAAAAAAUCGACGAAUCGUUACAGAGGAAUCUACGUCUACUACAACACCUGCGCCAACUGCAACUGCUACGGCUUCCAAUUAAAGAACAGAGAAAGAAAUUGUUGUCAAAUUAUGGUUACAUAUGUCAAUAUUUCUGUCGCUGUUUGGAUGGUGAUUUUUUUAAAAAUUCAGUUUCUAUGGAUAGAGGAAAAAUUUCAGUACGCAUGGGUACUGUACGCGGUCUGUGUAUCCUGUAUAAAGUAAAUAGAUUUGUAUACAAUGUUUCUCUAACUAAGCUUGGAAAUACGAUCGUACUGUAUCGAUCAAAGUAAGCUUCCAUAGGGAAAAUGACGAUAUAGAAGGAGCAGGAAUUUUUAAAACCUUAAUUUUGAUGAUAUUAUUAAAAUAGUAAUUAUAAUCAUUAUUAAAAGUACAUGGGGUCCUCCACCUCAUCGUCCUCCCGGGAGGAUCUAGACCCUGGAAGCCCGAGAAAGGGGAGGCCUCCGAAAAGGAUCCGGAACUCGGGUACCCGUGCAAACCUAUGGGAGUCCGGGGCAUUGCCAUUUUCCCUGGGGAAGCCUACCAUGCUCAGUACUGUACAAAUUAAAAUUGCAACGUUGAAAACGGAAAAAAGUUAUCACCCUAAAGAUACAUGCAAGGAGCAAUUGUAUACUUUAUUUUCAUUCUUCAAAAUCAAAGUGCGACCGAGUAACGGACUUGCAUUUUUUUCUUUUUUUAAUUGGAGGUAACGUUUAAUGUCAAUCUCAGUUUAGUUUCAAAUGUUAGAAAUAAAAAUCGAUUUCUAACGCGUAUCUGGUUUCACCAACAAUGAAUAAAUUUUCUAAUCAGUUAUUAUUUAAUUAAAGAGUUAAAUGCUGUUUAACAAUGAAUAGUGUGAUAUUUCGCAUUGUAGGAGAAACCAAACAUUUUUAAUUUAAAUGUAAUGAUCGUAAGUUGAAUUUAU